ACAGAGGAGGAGAAUCGGACUCAAGGUCGCUCUGCGGCAUCCCAGGCUCUCCUGGAGCGUCUCUGGGUUUUGUCAGCUCUAAUAAUAAACCGGGUCAGGUUCCGGACCGGGUUCUGGCUCGGGUUCUGCUGCUUUGUGAUCUCAGAGCUGUUGUUGGAGGAAGAGGAGGAGCUUUUCCCUCUUCAUCAGCAGCUCUCUGAGCUCCAGGUAGCUGGAGGAUCUGUGUGGUUCUGGUUCUGUUCUGGUCCGACCCGUUCUGCUUGGUGGGCCAUGCAGCGCUGCGCCUCCUCCCAGCCUCCUGUGGAGGAGAUCCACGCUGAGGAAGAGGAGGAGGAGGAAGAUCGGGAGGUGUUUCAGGAGAUGGGAGGCGUUAACGAGGAGCAGGUCGGUCCGGUGGAGGAGGCGUCGGCCUGGGAACCCGAUGGCCGGCCGGCUCCUGUGGAGCAUAAGAACGGGAAGCGGGCCGAAGCCGGACCCGGCGCGGCGGACGGCGGUCCGAGGUUCUCCAUGUUCACCUGGCUGGUGGUCGUGGCUCUGCUGGGUGUCUGGAGCUCCGUGGCCGUCUUCUACUUCGACAUCGUGGACUACGACAGAGUCCUAGCGAGGGCGCAGGAGUUUCGUAUGAACUUUUCUGAAGUUCUGCAAGGAAAACUAGCCGCCUACGACACGGACGGAGACGGAGACUUCGACGUGGAGGACGCCAAAGUUCUGCUCGGUCAGAGGAGGUUCGGAGGAAGCUCUGAGCGGAUGAGAACAGAGGAGGAGAAGAAGAAGAGAGGGAGGAGCAGAGCACCAGGAGAAACUUCAGGAGAGGCUGAAACGAACCAAACCAAAGCUCAGACUUCGGGUCCUCUGGUCCGAGGCGUCAAGCUGCGUUCGGCUCUGAGGGAGGAGCUCAGGCUGAUCCACGAGAAGAUGGAGGCCAAGAGGAUCGCUCGGAUCGCGCUGGCUGAGAUCAGGGCGCUCCUGGCUGAGGAGGAGCAGGAGAGGGAGGCAGCUUGGGCACAGAAGAUGAAGGACCUGGAAGCAGCUCAGGAGCAACUAAGAGAGGAGAGGAGGAUAGAAGAGCAAAGGGCAGAGAGGGAAAGACUGGAGAAGGAAAGGCUGGAAAGGGAAAAGGCGGAGAGGGAAAGGCUAGAAAAAGAAAAGGCGGAGAGGGAAAGGCUAGAAAAAGAAAAGGUAGAGAAGGAAAGGCUAGAAAAAGAAAAGGUAGAGAAGGAAAGGGCGGAGAAGGAGAGACUAGCGAAGGAAAAACUGGAGGAGGAGAGACUAGCGAGGGAAAAACUGGAGGAGGAGAGACUAGCGAAGGAAAAACUGGAGAAGGAGAGACUAGCGAAGGAAAAACUGGAGGAGGAGAGACUAGCGAAGGAAAAACUGGAGAAGGAGAGACUAGCCAGGGAAAAACUGGAGGAGGAGAGACUAGCGAGGGAAAAACUGGAGAAGGAGAGACUAGCGAAGGAAAAACUGGAGAAGGAGAGACUAGCGAAGGAAAAACUGGAGGAGGAGAGACUAGCGAAGGAAAAACUGGAGAAGGAGAGACUAGCGAGGGAAAAACUGGAAAAGGAGAGACUAGCCAGGGAAAAACUGGAGAAGGAGAGACUAGCGAAGGAAAAAUUGGAGAAGGAGAGACUAGCGAAGGAAAAACUGGAGGAGGAGAGACUAGCGAAGGAAAAAUUGGAGAAGGAGAGACUAGCCAGGGAAAAACUGGAGGAGGAGAGACUAGCGAAGGAAAAAUUGGAGAAGGAGAGACUAGCGAGGGAAAAACUGGAAAAGGAGAGACUAGCCAGGGAAAAACUGGAGAAGGAGAGACUAGCGAAGGAAAAAUUGGAGAAGGAGAGACUAGCGAGGGAAAAACUGGAGGAGGAGAGACUAGCGAAGGAAAAAUUGGAGAAGGAGAGACUAGCGAGGGAAAAACUGGAAAAGGAGAGACUAGCCAGGGAAAAACUGGAGAAGGAGAGACUAGCGAGGGAAAAACUGGAAAAGGAGAGACUAGCCAGGGAAAAACUGGAGGAGGAGAGACUAGCGAAGGAAAAAUUGGAGAAGGAGAGACUAGCCAGGGAAAAACUGGAGGAGGAGAGACUAGCGAAGGAAAAAUUGGAGAAGGAGAGACUAGCGAGGGAAAAACUGGAAAAGGAGAGACUAGCCAGGGAAAAACUGGAGAAGGAGAGACUAGCGAAGGAAAAAUUGGAGAAGGAGAGACUAGCGAGGGAAAAACUGGAGGAGGAGAGACUAGCGAAGGAAAAAUUGGAGAAGGAGAGACUAGCCAGGGAAAAACUGGAGGAGGAUAGACUAGCGAGGGAAAAACUGGAGGAGGAGAGACUAGCGAAGGAAAAACUGGAGAAGGAGAGACUAGCGAGGGAAAAACUGGAGGAAGAGAGACUAGCGAGAGAACGAGUGGAACGACAGAGGACAGAAAAAGAGAGGAGCGAGAGGGAACGCCUCAUCAAGGAGAGAGAAAAAUUAAGCCAAGGAAGAGCAGAGAAGGAAAGAUUAGAGAAAGAGAGGAUCCAAAGAGAAAGGGUCUCUAAGGAGAAAGCAGAGAAAGAAAGAAUAGAGAGGGAACAACUUAUUAAGGAAAGAGAGAGAAUCGCCAAACAGAAGAAGCAACUAGAAAAAGAAAAAAAUGACAAAGAGAAAUCUGAAAAAGAACAAUUGGACAAGGACAAGGCUGAAAAAGAAAGACUGGAGAGGAUUGCUAAAGAAAGGGAAAGAAUGGCCAAAGAAAAAUCUGAAAAGGAAAAGAUAGACAGAGCGACUAAAGAGAAGGAAGAGAGGGAGAGGAUUGCUAGAGAAAGACCUAACUGGGCUCAAGAGAAGGAGAGAUCAGAGAAAGACCUGGCAGUGAGGAAGGAGAGGGAACAAACGAUGAAGGAAAGAGAGAACCAGGAGAGGGACAAGUUGGAGAAACAAUCCAGACAGAAGGAACUGAUGGAGAGACAGCGGCUGGCUAGAGAGAAGGCCCUCCAGGAGAAGAUGGAGGCAGAGAGGUUGGCCAAGGAGAAGCAACGAAAUGCCACAAAGAACGACAUGAAGAGACGAGACCUUCCAGAGAGGAAGUACAAUGCUUCCAAAGCUUUAGCUCCAGCAGCCAUCAGGAGGGACAAGAUAGUUGCUGAUGGGACUAAAAACUGACUGAUGAAUGGACGGUGCUCCAACUCUAUAGUCCAGGGAAACAGAUGAACUCCUGGUUUAAAAAUCAGGUUUAUCUGGGUUGGGUUGGUUGUGUUUGGUCUCUAUAUUUGGGCUGUCGGCCCAAAUAUACGAGCCGAGGGGUGACAGGUGGUAGGCAGGCAUUGAACCCAAAAGGACAAGGGUUUUCUACCGCUGUGGCUGAGUCCGUGUAAAUACUGUUGAUACUUGGGAGUUAUUGGGUUUUGUGCAUUUAUUUUCUUGUCAGAGUUGAAUAAACUGGUGAACCUGAAAUCCAAGACGUACCUUGGUACUGACUUUUACAAGAGGUACAAUGUUUGCUGCCUAGUGUGUCACAGCGAAGCAGCUAUGGAUCAACACUUAACUAGUACAGAAUUGCACUGGUUAGUACAGGGGAUGAAACCAGCUCUCCUCUGUAUCCAACUUUUAGCAAGUUGAAUCAGAUACUUUUAUUUUAAGUGAAGAUUUCAAAAUGUCAUUGGACCGUCACUUUAGACAAGUCACCCGUUAUUGGACACCCAAUCAUGCAUGUGCAGAGCUAAAGGAAACUUGGAAUAAACAUAUUUUGGGCCAUGGGAGCCAGAGUACCCCCGGGUACCUGGAGAGUAGUACCCCCGGGUACCUGGAGAGUAGUACCCCCGGGUACCUGGAGAGUAGUACCCCCGGGUACCUGGAGAGUAGUACCCCCGGGUACCUGGAGAGUAGUACCCCCGGGUACCUGGAGAGUAGGACCCCCGGGUACCUGGAGAGUACCCCCGGGUACCUGGAGAUUACCCCCGGGUACCUGGAGAGUACCCCCGGGUACCUGGAGAGUAGUACCCCCGGGUACCUGGAGAGUAGUACCCCCGGGUACCUGGAGAGUAGUACCCCCGGGUACCUGGAGAGUAGUACCCCCGGGUACCUGGAGAGUAGUACCCCCGGGUACCUGGAGAGUAGUACCCCCGGGUACCUGGAGAGUACCCCCGGGUACCUGGAGAUUACCCCCGGGUACCUGGAGAGUACCCCCGGGUACCUGGAGAGUAGUACCCCCGGGUACCUGGAGAGUACCCCCCCCGGGUACCUGGAGAGUACCCCCGGGUACUGCUGGAAGGUCCUCCAGUCGCAGCCAGUCUUGCUCCCCGUCCACAGGGAGACGUACAGAAAGGUCCCCAGGUCGGGAUUCAAACCCAGUCAACCGUUCUACCAUCAGCCCCACUCUGGUGUUUGGUUUAUAUCAGCUGGUGCUCCAUGCAGAAACUCCUUGCCACUUUAUAUUUCUCCAUAGUUGCGUGUUUUGGAUGAUUUAUUAGGAUAAUCAUAAAAGUGAUCAUAACAAAUAUUAAAUUUUAUUCAAUUCUGGAUUUUUCUCCUAAAAACUGUACAGGCCUUCCCAGAUUGCUCUUCUGGUCCCAGUUUGGGCCAGUUGAAGAACGAGAGAUUUUGAUGUCUUAAUUACCAAAGAAAAAAAGUUGAAUCUUUGGAUCUCAAAGACGUUAGGAAACAUCUGAAAAAGUUGACCCAUGGUUGCAACGAAGUGUUGUACCUCUAAAAAAAUGUUCCAUAAAGCCAGGGGUAGGAGCUGCUAACUAAAACGUUAGCUGCGCUAACCCUAGAGCGGUAGUGGAGCGCUAAGCCACUAUCAUGGUAUGUAACAGAAGCUAAUGCUAAAGAAAAAGUACUUCUACACAGAUGUCAAACUUUAUUCAACUGAAAAUUUUUAAAACCAAGUAAAUGAAAAUGUUUUCAAAGUUAGCUAAAAUGCUAAGCUAAAAAUUAGCUCCCCUAUUAGCAGAAGUUUGUCCACCGCUGUAUAAAACAUCUGGAAGGGCCGAGUGGAGAAGACCCCAGCAGUGUUUGAAUACUGCUGUUGUGUAAAUGAUUGUUUACAUGGGGGACCAGCAGGGGGCGCUAUAGAAACAGACUCUGCUUCAGAAGCUCCACCCUCUUACUGCUGGUUCACAAACAUUCAACUUGUAAUCAUGGCAACUUUUGUCAGUUUUAUGUCUUUAAACAAUCAAUAAAAAACAUCUUAACUCUGUAACUAGAACAUACUACAGGUAAAAACUUUAGUUUAUUAUAAACUUCAUACAUUUAAUAUAAAGAUAUGACCUCAUGUUUCUGUGUGGUUGUUUUUAGGAUUGCUUUGGUUUGACUUCAUUUCUGUUUUAUCUUUAAAUAUCAGUUUUAUUUCAUCCAUUUUAUUCUUGAAUGUUUUGAGUUUGUAGUGAAAUGUUUGGAGUUCAGUUGAUGAUCCUCUGGUUCCUCCUGGUGCCUGAAAACCACAUCAGUCAGACACUCUGCAGGUUUCUCUUCUGAUUUCAUGUAUUUCAUGUCUGUACUUUAAUAAAACAGUGAAAAUG